CGUUGUACUGCAUUGAUCCUCUAGCUAGCCGGUUAGUCCUCCCUUUACCCAUCCAUCUCCAUGAGCGAAUCAGAUAGCCAUAGUUUGUCCGAUAUUCUCGCCGCCAUGACGGAGGUGGCCGAGACGGACGAUAGUUUGAAGAAAAAGUUCAACGCGAUAGUGCGCUUCGACGUGGAAGGGCAAACGCUCACCUUGGAUGUCCGGAAGGACCGUUCCGGCAAUUUGCUUGCCAAACGCACGACCGCGCAACAGGCCUUUAUGAAGGGCAAGCUCAAGAUCAAGGGGAAAAUGGGGCUAGCCAUGAAGCUGACUGUUGUUCUGGACGCGACCCGCAAGCAUCUAGCGCUGCAAUCUAGGCUGUAA